AUGUUGUUCCUCAGCCCGUUGCCCCAAUGGCUCCUGUUGUGGCUGGGGCUGGGCACACUGCUGCAGCAGCUUCGUCCCACCGACGGCGUCUGCUGCCCCUCCAGAGCUAUCGCCUUUCAGUUGAUCGAUCGGGAAGAUGACUGCCGGCUAUACGACGCCAAGCAGUCGCAGAAUGGCAUAUGCACGAUGUCUAUUUGCGAUGACGGCACCGCCGUGCGGGGCACCUACUGCGGCAAGGGUCCGUGCAACAUCUUCGGCUGCAAUUGCGAGAACGGCUGCCGCAAGGGCAAUCCAUUGCAGAUAUUUCAGGACUACUUUGGCGAUUAUCACAUACGUCAGCUGCAUUUUGUCUAGUCCAAGAACAGUCGCGAUAGCCUUGGCGGGAGUUACUCAUAUAUAAUUUUCAGAGCUUACCACUUCAUAUACAAUUCAUCAAUCGUAAUAAAACAGAACUUA